AUGGCUACUGCACCGGGAAUCGGGAUGAUGGCAAAUCUUAUGGAAGCGGUACAAAAUUUCGGUGUAUCUGAUUGUGCUCGGAUCAUUCAACUACACCCAGAAACUGUUAAUUUAAUUGGCUGGAGUGGAUUAACACCCAUUCACAAAGCAGCUCUGCGAGGAAAUCUAGAAAUUGUCCAAUUAUUAAUAGCUAAUGGUGCUUUUAUUAAUCAGCCGAACAAUGCUGGAGAAUUACCCGUCCAUUAUGCAUGCAAACGAGGGAGUCCUAUGAUUAUUCAUUUACUAUAUCUGGUUGAAGUUGUUGGUUCAUCAUUGAAUAAGAGAGACAAUAGCGGAAUAUCUGCCCUACAUCUAGCAAGUCAGUUCGGGCAUUUUGACACAGUUAGGUAUCUACUGAAAAACCAGCGAUCCGAUGUGAACUGGAUGGAUCAUGCUGGGAAUCUUGCACUCCAUUUAGCAUGUACAAACGGGCAUUCUGACAUAGCAUGGGUGCUGUUGCAGAAGGGAAAAAUUGCACAGAUCAACCAGAAAAACAAGGCUGGUGAUUGUCCACUAAAUAUUGCCAGAGACGGAAAAUCAUACAGGCAUGCUCCUCUUGCCAAAGAGCUUGCAUACUGGGGCAGUUUACGUUGCCAGGACCAUCCUCCAAAAGGACCUUUAUUUUCGUGGUAUUUUCUACUGCUCUUACCAACCAUUGCAUUUACAUUUUUAAUACUAUCGUGUUCAUAUUUGGGCGUUUAUGGUAAUGUUGUUGCCUUAUUUGGUAUAUUUUUCCUGACAUGUUUAAUUGGUCGACAGAUGCACAGACUAGCGCAUAUGUCAAGGUGGAGUAAUCCAGUUUUUUUUGGAGCGUUUGCUGGCGGCUUAUUUCACACAUCAGUUUGUUAUUUCUAUCUGGUGCUUCCAAAUAUCCUUUUAUAUAAUGUAUGUUUGGAACAGCCUUAUUAUGCAAUUUUAACCAAAGAUCCAGGUAUAUGUCGUAUACCAAGGAGAGGACCCGGAAAAGAGUCUCCAUUCAUGACAAUAGAACACAUUGCAACUAAGGAAUUGGAAACUGAAAAAUACUGUAUAUUUUGUGAGAUGUCUUUACCCGACCGCACCCGACAUUGUAAGCUAUGUGAGAACUGCAUGGUUGAAAUGGAUCACCAUUGUCUUUUCCUAUUAAGAUGUGUAGCUGCUAACACUCAUCGGCUCUUUGUGUGUUUCAUCAUCGUCGUCAUGUCGGUACAGAUUACGUUUCUCUUUUCGGCUGUGAAGUAUAUGCAAGUGAGUUAUGAGGAUAUGCCGCUUUGGGAUAUACCGAGCACGGCUUUUUCUGAGCAGGUCUGGCUGUUCACUGUCUGCUUGGUAAAUAUUGCUUCCAUUGUCUGGGGGACGUUUCUUCUGAGAAGUCAGUUGGAGGUGAUAUCUACGGGACAUACCACUGUUAUUCGCUCACAGAUGAAUGCUACUAAGCUCUUGACUUUUCUUGAUAAAUUAAACAAUGUGUGCAAUUUUUUCAGAGGGUUAAAAACAUUGACGCCAGAAGAAAUUUGUGAAAUGAAAGCAACGUCUUUGUUUGAGAACGUUCAUCCUCUUUAG